GCUCGCUCCCAGCCCUGCCCCGGGUGCCUCCCCCGCCUGCUGCUGCUGCUGUAGUAGUGGAGGCAGGAGCGGGGUUUCCUGUUGACACCGGAAUGCGGUGAGCGGCGGGGAAGGCGAACGCCACCUUCUCGGACUCCCUCUCCCCGGCGGGCAGCGGCGCAGGGCGGACAAAGGGCCCGGCGGGGCUGCAACUUGAGAGGCAGGCGGCGGCGGCGGGAGCGAGCAGGCCGGGGAAGGGGAGGCAGUCCCAGGGGAGGCUGCAGGUGCCGCGGGGCUCUCGCCCCCAGCGCCGGGCCGGCCGGGGGACUCUUGGGACAUGGGGGCGCCUGCCGCGUGAGCGCCCCGGCCGUGCCCCUCGCCCAUGGCUGAAGCCUGGAGGCUGGAGGAAGACGAGGAGGAGCUCGGCAGGAGGCACAGGAGGGGCAACCUGGGCUCGGCACCAGAUCGCUCUGAAAGACAUAAACCAGACUACCGCUCUUCAGGCCAAGGACCCCUGUCAUCUAUUAAGGCAGCAAUCAAGAGAACUUCUCGGACUGGUUCUGAGCAGCAGAGAGAGAGAAGACGUCCUGAGAUUACGAUAGUUGCUGCAGAACCCCUCAGGCCAUCUUCCUGGUUUCCAGGUGGAAGUCAUAUCACGCCACAGGGAUUAGGAUUCCCACCUACUACCUGCCAAGCCCAGUGGAGGACAAGUGAGCUUGUUCCAGCUGAGCUUCCACCAUCUUAUGAGCAAGUGAUAAAAGAAAUCAACCAAGUGCAAGUUCAUACUACAAAUAAUAAUAAUGCUGCUGCUUCUAGACCUACCACUACUUCUGCUACACAGACUGACUUUCCAGAGGAAAUAAUCAGUGAUUUGUCAAACAGUAAUGUUAAAAACAACCUGUCUACUAUCUGUGAAUCUGAAAGUGCUCCAGCAGUGCAAAGUCCUCUCAAGCCUUCCAGACCUUCCUCAUCUUUCUUGAAUAGUAAUCCUUCAGAAAAUGAGACUCCUCUAAUUGUCCUUGAAGCAUCUGAAGAACAGAAUUGCCAAAAAAAUCCAACUACUGUGAUACAUCCAGUGCCAAAACCAAGAUCUAAAGGCAAUCUCAAACCUAUAGUCAAAGCUACUCAAGGUGAAGCACAAGACAAUCGGAAAGGAGAGAGCAAACCUACAGCUGAAAGGGAGGUCUCCCCAGAUCAGCAACUGUCUCUCUUGGAUGAUAGCUUGAACAAUCACGUGGUGGUGGACAGCAUGAAUACAGAAAGAAACCAAAAUAGUAUUGUUUCAAGAAUCAAAGUUUUUGAAUCCCAAACAAAUACUGAUACCUCAGGAUUAUCCAAAAAGCCAGAAAUUGCCCCAAGGUGUUUUCCCCAGAGACCUACAGUAACUGCAAAGAAGCCAGUAGUGGCUCCAAAGCCAGGGGCAAACAGGGUUUCAGGAGAGUGGGAUUCAUGGACUGAAAGGAAACCAAAACCUGUCUCCAGGGAGCUGCACCCUCAGCCUCAAGAAAGUGGGAGCAGUGUCAUAACCAAACCUGAAUUGCCAAAGAAACCAAAGCCCAGCCUUGUAACGAGUACUAGUAAUGAUUUGCUUCAUGUAAGGACUGAGUCAGCUUCAGAGAAUGAUGGACAGAAGAAAUUCCCAGUUCCUGCUCCAAGGCCACUUGUUCCUAAAAAGUCACUUUAUUUAGAAAAUCCUGACUCUUCUUCAGCCUUACUAAAACCAGUUUCUGCUGUUCCCAGACUCUCUGUACAUACCCAAGCAAAAGCCUUUCAGUCUGUGGGAGAGUUGUCUGCAACCAGUGUCCCAGCACCUCCUUUGCAAAGUAAACCGGAUGAGGAAGGAGAUCUAAUUAGUUUUGAUGAUGAUGUUUUGCCUCCUAGUUCAGUUAGUGCAGGUAAAGAAUGUAUCAGUUCCGAAGCAGCUGCAGAUCCCUUUCAGUUGCCCUGCAAAAAUGAGCCUGCAAAGGAACAGACAGUGCAACCAGCCGUAGCCCGGAAGCCUACUGUUAUUCGAAUCCCAGCAAAACCAGGGAAAUCUUUAAAUGAAGUUCUUCACAUUCCCCCACCGCUUCCUGCUGAAAAGCCUAUUGGGAAUACUUCUGAGAUUGCAGCCGGGAAACCCGGUAAUGUUGAGCAAACAAAAAAAGUGGAAUUUGAACAUUCAGAUUGUGGGGGAACUUCUCGGACAGCACCAGUGCUGCCCCCCAGGCCUGUAGAUGGAAAAAUCAUACCAACUCGACCUCCUCCACCUAAAGGUAUUCCUGGAAGGCCACUUCCUCCAAAACUCUCUGGGACAAAGACCCCCGCUUCACAAAAAGACCCUUUUUGCCGAUCCUCAUCUGACAUGAUACACCCUAAAAAACCAGGAAAAUUUGGAUUGGGAAUUAAAAGGUCAAAGAGUCAAGUCUUAAAGAGUCAAGAUCCAGUAUUACCUCCUCGACCUAAACCUGGACAUCCUCUCUACAAUAAAUACAUGAAGCUGGCUGUGCCUCGUGCAAUUGCCAAGGAGGAUUUCAUUCCCAGAAACCCUGGAGAACUCUCCUCUAAGGGUUCAAACAGUAGUCUGACAGUUUGUGACACGAAUAUUCCUCAUGCCAUAGUGCUCCAUGAUUUCCCUGCAGAGCAUGCUGACGAUUUGGACCUGCAUUCUGGAGACAGCAUUUUUCUUCUGGAGAGAAUUGAUAAGGAGUGGUACAGAGGGAAAUGUGGGAAUCGCACAGGGAUAUUUCCUGCCAGCUUUGUUAAAGUGAUUGUGGAUGUUCCAGAGGAAGCCAACAAGAGAAAAAUCUCAUUUUCAUCAGUCUGUAUUAAGGGGCCAAGGUGUAUUGCACGAUUUGAAUAUAUUGGAGAUCAAAAAGAUGAGCUAAGUUUUGUGGAAGGUGAAAUAAUAAUUCUUAAAGAAUAUGUAAAUGAAGAAUGGGCCAAAGGAGAGCUGAAAGGUGCAUCUGGAAUCUUCCCUUUGAACUUUGUGGAAAUUAUUGAAGACCUGCCUGGAUUAGGUGUGGGAGGACCAGUGAAGAGGGAGAAUUCUGCUUCUCUUUCUCAGAAUAACAGACGAUCUGGAGAGUGGUGUGAAGCACUUCAUGAUUUCACAGCAGAAACUGAUGAGGACCUACCCUUUAAAAAGGGAGAUUGUAUCCGGAUAAUAGAGCGCCUAGAUUCUCAGUGGUACAGAGGGAGACUCAAUGAAAGGGAAGGGAUUUUCCCAGCAGUUUUUGUUCAGAACUGUUCAGGAGGAGUAAAGUCAUCACAGUCUGUAGGAUGGAAGAAAGGAAAAGCUAAAACUUUGUAUGACUUCCAUGGAGAAAAUGAGGAUGAGCUUUCCUUUAAGGCAGGUGAUGUGAUAACAGAGCUGGAAUCUGUAGAUGAAGACUGGAUGAGUGGAGAAAUAAAAGGAAAACGUGGAAUAUUUCCCAAGAAUUUUGUGCAAGUUCUGUAAAAUCAUGAGGCUGGAACCCAGCUUGCUUCUGUAUGUAGAGGCAGCAGAUGUUCAUCUAGCUAGCACAAAGGCACAUGAUACUUCAGAGUUAAUACCACUGAAGUUAUCUGAUUUAAUACUGUGACUGUCAAAUACUGUUUUGCACUAUCUUUCUAGAAAGAGAAAUAUACAGUGUCACAUUAUAGAUCAGAGUUUCCUGAAAGCAAAAGUAUUAGGAAAGACUAACAGUUUACCAUCAUGACACAGUUUACUUAAUUGUACUUGGCAAAUGCUCGAAGAGAAUGGAUAAAGCAGUUUGCCUCAGCUAGGGCACUAAUAUGGUACAGUAACUGGUAGUUGCCUGAAUUGGUAUUAAUUUAUCUUGCAUAUAAACUGCAUACAUUAAUCUUAUUUUAUAAUCUGUAUAAAUUAGGCUUUUUAUUAAAGAUAUGUUCUUGCAGAUUUAACUAUUAUUACACAUUCAGUAUGUAUAACAGUCUUAAUAUUAAGAUUUCACUUACAGCUUCAAUUCAUAUCCUCUGCAGCAGCAGCAGUGGAAACCACUUGUUUUUACAAUUGAGAGGAUAGAAAAGAUAGUUAUUAUCCCAUAGCAAAGAAGUAUCAAAGACUUAUUUAUCCUAUAUGCUGUCUGUAGAGAGGUUGCCUUUCUGUGUAUAGGAUGUUCUGUUCUUAAACCCAACCCCUAAAUAAGCAGAAGCGGUAAGAGAUCAAGAAAUUUUUGGUUAUUUAUUAGUUCCUUUCUUCUUGAAACUAGGGACCUAAACAUUCAGUUUUGAUUUUUUUUGGGGGGGGGGUUAAUAAAACUAGUGCAAGUCUCUCAUUUUAUUCACAGAAAGUUUGAAGAUUGUUCUUUUUUACUCACUCCCAAUUCUUCCAUGUAUUGUUCACUUUGUCCAAUUUAUGCUCCAUUUUCAGCUUCUCAAGUAGAAAUACAAACAUGAUGCCAACUAUAUUUCAGCUGAACAUUCAAACUCUGCACUGCUUGAAAUUGGCAAAUAAAUCCACCCAUUCCUACUGAACCACCAAAACAGAUCUCUGAACUAAAUUGCAAGAAAGCUGAAAAACAUCAAGCUGCCAUUCUUCUUUACUUGUACAUGCUUCAUUUUAAUAGGAGUACUACACAGCCCUUUAAUUGAGGGAGAAUAACUUAUUGAUAUAACCACUACAAGUUCUCUUUAAAUCAUCUAAGUAAGGUGUAAGGUAUAAGGUAGAGUAUAUUGUACAUCUCCAUUAUAAAUUAUCUGUCAAGACUUACAGAAAGUAGAAGAUACCAAGACAAAUUAAUCCAACAGGCUGAAGAAAGAUAACUUACUAACAGGAAGAGUGCUAAUUGUAGCAGUCGAAUUACAUUAGCUAAAAUCAGGCAAGAUUACACAUAGGUACAGGCAACUUUUCCAUUCAAAGAACCAUCUAGAGAUGUAAACUCUUUCUAGAACAUUUCACUUUGGUUAGUUCUGGGUUAAUAUAAAACAAGUCUUCAAACAAAUUGUUUUACAUGCUUCCUGUUUUGAACUGUUGUUUCCUGCAAGAAAAAAAAUCUUUUAAUCUUAAUUAUGCUGCAGUCCAAUCUGUACCAUGUUCAGUAGCACCCUGGUUCCACAAGAGGAAUUUUCCCUCCUUUGUACAAUAUAAAGAACAAGGAAACAAGGCAAAUUGAGUUAGUCCAUCAAGGCAUACAAAUUAAUAGGUCAUACCUCGAAUGAGGUUACUAAUAAAGAAAAUAAUCUUUUCAUUAUGUUUCUCAGGUAAUAAAGAAAAGCACAGGUUGAGACAGGAAGCAAAUAGGCAAGGGAUUCAGCACUGAUGGUUGGAGAAUUCAGAGGACUUUUACUAUGAGUUUUAGAUCUUAAUUUAUUUUUGAAGUCUGAAUUAUCACCCUGGUGACAUGCUCACUUGUCAUCUCAAGUUGCUUUGGCGUAGCCAUAAAGGAGUGCUGAGAUACUAUAACAAUGGACAUGAUCUGCAAAUCACAGUUGAAUCUAAUAGAAUGAAGCACUGAAAAUACUUGCCUGUAAGAUCUCUAGGUGUUUUGUGAAAAAAGAACUAUACGACAAUGACCAGCAUUGCCCAUCUUAUAAAUUCAAGAAGCUGAAUUCACAGUGGAUCAGUAGAUGAGCUGAGAAUUGAGUCUAGAUCUUUUGUCUCUGUCCUCUGCUUAUAUAUAGAUUAUGUUAAAAUGAAACAGACAUUUAACAACCCAAGAAGGUCAGUCAUAUAUCAUCUCAGACAAGAGAGACAGACACGAACAACACGCAUAAGCUGAGGAAUUGGUACACUGAUAACCCAGCUCAGAACUCUUUGUUGUAUUAAUUGCAUAUGUAACUACCACCUUUAUGUACACUUACUUAGAUGUAAAAAUGACCAUUUUCAUGCCCAGUAGUGGUUAUUUGUACCUAAAGCCUUGAAUGGGAUGUCUUAAGUUAAAUUUGCCAAGAGCAUAUCAUGGAGUGAAUCAGGCAGUCCCCUUAAAAGGAGAGAACAUGGUUUUAAAUCUGACAGCACAGAAUUAAAAUGUAAUUCCUUUUAAAAAUUAGCGACCAUUAUAUUCAACUGGAACACAUUCUUUCCUUAAAGGGUCAUCUCAUCUUCUUGUGGGGUGGGGGGGAAGCAAUGACAAAAAGUUGUCUUCAUUACAGUGCAGCUCCUGCAUCAAAGGUUUAAGCAAAAUGAACACCUUUCACUGUGGCUUUUUGUGCCAACUGCAAUUAAGAAGCCUCCUAUAAAAGUGACAAAUUAUAGAAAUUAACUUGGUACAAAGAUACAAUUUAAUUCUUCCAAAACAGUGGCUGAAUCAUUGUGGAGGCAGAUGGAUUUCAGGUGUGCAAUGUUUACUUAUUUAUUGACUGCUGCUUUUCUAAAGUUUUGAUACAAAGAUUUUAAGCAAAUAUUGACUUUAUAAUUACACAUAAAAGGAGGACAGGGGAGGUGUUUUUCCUAUUUUGGCUUUGUUGUUAAUGAUUAAUACAUUUUUUCCUACCAUUUUCUAAUUAGAUUUAAAUAUAACAUCUCUUACAUUUCAUAUGUAUGUCUAAGCAAGCCUGAUAGUUUAUUUUGUAACUUUGAAUAGAAAAUGUGGAAAUUUAUAGCAAGCUUCAUAUAACACCGUGAAUAUCUAAGUUGUGAAAAGAUGAUAAAAACUGCUGGAAGCUGCAAAUUCAGAACAACAGCACCAUCUAAGGGCUCUUUACAUUAUUGUAGCUUUGUAGAUUGGUCUUAAAACUUGAAGAAAUUCCUUUAUCUUUGCUGUUUAAAUUAAAUAAAUAUAUACUGAUCUGUUUUGCAAAAAACAUUCUACUUUACGUUGUUAGACUUAACCUCUGUGACCACAGAACUUUGUACAGAGAAUAAUCUGAAAUGCCUAUUGAAUGCAAGAUAUGAUUCAAUGGAAUACAGGAAGUUCCUGAACAAAUCCCAAAUACAUUAAGAGAUUAUACUGUCUUGAAAGUGAAAUACGGACUGAGUCCUUAAAUAUACUACAGUGGUUUUCAUAAUCUCUAGGUUUUUAGCAUUUUUGUUAAACUGCCAACUUUGAAAAUGAUUAUCUUCCUAAACAGAAGAGCUUUUUUCAUCAAAUUUUUUAUACAAUGAGUAGAGUAUAAAAUAAGCCUUUUUAAAUUCUCUAAAUCCAUGAAAUGUCUUCAGCAUUAUGGUACCAGUAUGAAUUUGUAUUUAACCAAUAAAUGUUUAUAUUUAUGUCUGGGUUGCAAUUGCUUGUGUUUACAUUUAUAACAUAGCAAUUAUGAUUAAAUGCGAGGAUUGGUUAAACAUCCUUAAAUACAGAGAACCAAAUUCAUUUAACAGUUUGUAAUAAUAAACUAUUGUUUUGUCCAAUUCUAGACCUCAUCUACACCAAUUUUUUUUAUCAGCAUCAUUUCAAUUAGUGAGAUUUUCCUUUUUACAGAAACAAAGAUGCCACUAUAAAGAUGCCUUAUAGCAGGACAGAAGGAAAUUACAUUACUAGGAGUAGUUGUUUUAUAUUACUAUAAUUGCAGCCACAGCAGGGGGCUACAUGCUAAUAUAGUUAAUGAAGUAUGCAUGUGUAACUGUGCUUAGUGUCUGUACAACACAUGGGCUAAAAAAGAGACAGUACAAAUAUGACUAUAAAAUAGACAUCCUAGCUUUCUUGUUCUUGCUGGUUCAGUGCAUAUUUCAUUACCUCACACCCUUUCAAACAAGGAGGAAUGAGUGCCUCACCUGAAAACACCCUGUUGAUGGUUAUGGCACUCUCCUGAGAAGUGGGUUCAGCUCUUACGCGAAGAAUGUAACAUGGUCUUCAGUCUGAAGGACUGCUCCAGAUGCUGAACUGUUGGCCAAAAUGGUGAUAACAUCUUACUCCUGUUUUGAAAUACUGGCACCUAAACCUACAAGAUUCUCUGCUACAAAGACUCAGUGGAGAAGCACCUCUGUGCAGCUCCAACCAAGGAGACCGACUCCUAGAAAAGGGCAGGAUUGACAGCCCUAUCUGUUUAUGAUGAGUUGCCAUUUGUAGCCUUUCAGCAGGCUGGUUCAUGGAUCUCUCAGGUGCCUAAGGCAGAUCUCAAAAGGGUCAUGAGCACUGGUGGCUUUAACAAUUAAGCUUGAAAUGUAUCAAUCCAGGAACUGCUGCAAUUACCUACCUGCUCAGACUGCUGGUUGUCCCUGGUUUACACAAUACAUGAAGCAUGUUUUACAAUGCUGACAAUGUCCAUUGGCAGGAAGCAGCAGCCAGUUGUCUCCAUCUAGUGUUUAUAGUUUAGACUCACCUGCCCUCCUUUCAAGACAUUUGAAAAUGCAUCUACUUAGGAUUACAAAUCAACCAGCAGAAUUCACUCAAAUCAUUUAUGCCCCUUGUUGAGUGGUUUCUCAAUGGAAACUUUCUGCACAUAGGAGAGAGCCGAGCAAUAUGGUUGAGCAGAGAUAAGUUAUUUCCUUUUAGGCCCAUUUUGCUCCAUUCCCAUUUUAAAACAUAUGGUUCACACACACCCUCAGGUAGUAAUUUGAUACUAGGACAAUCUCAACAGGGAUCUGAUAAAAUAAAUACCCGAGAUUUAUUUUGCUGGGUAUAGCUGGUAUAGUAAUUUGAUCCUCUUUUUGUGUGUUCAAAUUAUGAUACUAAUUGUAUGCUCCAGCAGUCCAGAACCAGCAAACCCUCUUUCCAAAAUAAAGCUAUAACUGGGGAAUUAGAUAUUAAGUAACUAACAAUGGCUCCAACUGCUAGGCUAAGAAAAAUGUUUCCCCUCCUGAUUGUGUUUGCAAGACAGAAGCAUGAACUCUAAGCUGUUCAUUCAAAGAUUUGGAAACACCUCUUCGUGAGAAGAGCUGGGGAAUCCGAUUGGGCAGUUGACCUGUAGAUCUCACGAGAUGUUAAUUUGGGCUGAUGAUUGUCUAGAUUUUGAUAAGGUAAAAUUAUUUCGCCUCCCCUUUUUCACCCUUGACACACAGCAGGGCAACUUUUUUUUUUUUUUUUUUUAUUGUGGACUGCGGUGUGAAAUGUAUUGAAGUAGACAGCCAUUAGGAUUUUUUGGGUAAAUGAUUCCAGGGGAUUGGACUUAAAGGGUCCUAGCUGUGCCUUUCAGGCCUAUGCUGCAAAAAUCCUGUUAGGCGUACUUGAAACCAAUGAUAACACCCCAACUGAUAGACAAAAAGAUACAGGUUCAUCCUGGCUUCAUUUUGAACACAAAAAUCCAUUUUUAUAGUUGACACAAUAUACUGGGGAGUUAACAGUAAUCCCUCUCAAAAUCCUGCAUAGCUUGAGGAAAAUCAAGAAAAGCAAGUUCAACACAACCAUAACUAUGCAGCUCUUACAAGUAUAGAGAAGCAUGGGAGCUACACAGAUGCCGGGGAGACAGGUCAAAUCAAUGCGAUUCCAUUUCUGGUUAAAGUGCAUUUUUCCCCCCUUCAUGUGUCAGCAUUCCAAAUUUUGAAGCAACUUCAACUUUCUAUGCUCUCGCAUAAAACAAAGAGAAGACUGCUGUCCUGUCAUACAUCAGGCUAUCUAUCAGUGGGUAGCCUCAAAUUUGUACAGGGGAGCAUAUUGAUCCAGCUUCCUUCCUCUUCGAAACAAAAUAAUCCUUAGGCAACAAAUACCACUACAAUACACCAAUACAACUGGUUUCAGAGAGUAGGCUGUUUCAAUAGCAUUGUAUUCUUAAUAUGCUGUAUGUACCAGCAACGUAACAUUGGUAAGUGUGAGUUUGUUUUUUUUGGCUCUGUUAAAAGUUCACCUUCAAAUGUAAGAGAUACUGUAACAAUUAAUUUUGGUCCAGCUUAUUUGUGGAAGCUGAUCUGAUUAUAUUAUAAAACAGCACACAUGCUUAACUUCAACAGCAUUAAGAUGUUUGGACUCUAUUCUUCCAGACAGAAGGAAGUUAUUACCAAGCAGUGCUGUACACCUUUCUGUUUUUUGUGCCCCAGAAAUCUAAUUAGCACUGUUCCAAGCUCUGAAGAAUGACUAGAGUGUUACACAUACCUUCCAUUAGAAGUUCCAAAACAGGAGCAGAUAAAUGAAAAACUGUUUCAUUUCUGGAGUUUGGACAAGUUCGCUAUUUUUGUUAAAUCUUUAAAGCAGUGAUUUUCAACCUUUUUUCAUUUGUGGAUCCCUUUGAAUUGUUAGUGUGGGUAUUCACAUUCUUUUGAAUUAUACUAGUCAUCUUUUGCAGACCCCUUAGACAAUCUUGUGGACAAACCUUUGCUUCCACAAUAAAAUAACUGGCUUUAAAACCUCAUUUCAUCUAUAGGCAGACACCAAAAUUGCCUUGGGGAAAAGGCUGCUAUCAAGUGAAAGGUUACAAAUAGUAAGUUGAAGCAAACAUGUGUAAGUCUUGGGCCCAGUUAAAAAAAAGGGAUGAAUUUCAGAAGUGUAUCAAGCAGUUGUGUGCUCCAGACUAGCCC